GAAAUUUGAAAUUUGAAAUUUGAAAUUGUAGUCUUGCUACAGAAGAGAGAGAGCCAUAAAGGUUUGCUUGUUUUAGAGAGAGAAAGAGGUUUACUUGGUUUAGAGAGAUAAAGAAUGGCUUCAGUGAGAGGAGGAGGGGGUGACAUAAAGGCGUUUUACAGGCAGAGGAAGAAGAACAACAAUACCAAGCCCUCCAAGCCUUCAAAGUCUGGUGUCAGGCUUGAUUCUGAUCCUGCACAACCACCUGCCCUACUCUCUCAUGGCUCCAUAGACAUUAAACGUGAUUUUGAUCAAUGUGAGGAGGUCUUACGCCGAUUUGAUAUGAACAUGAGCUAUGGUCCAUGCAUAGGGCUCACUAGGCUCGAGCGAUGGGAGAGAGCUAAUAAGCUUGGUAUGAAUCCCCCAAAAGAUGUGGAGACCCUUCUCAAAGGUGGCAAUGCAGGCCUGGAUUGCCUGUGGGAGGGCCGAGUUUGAAUCUUCUAGAGAGAAAGAUAAACUCUGGGAGAACCGAGCUGAAGACUUCCAGAGAGAGAAGAAAUGGUGUGUUACGGUGCACUAGCGCACCGCUUUCAUAGUUAAGCAAACAUGUAGUAAGGCUUCUUGCCUUAUGUUAACUACUUUGUUUCUUUUACUUUCUCUGUUCAACCCAUGGAUGGAGUUCAGUGUGAGAAGCCAAGACUUUGUAAUGUAGUUUUACUAGUUAAUGCUUGAUUAUAUCAUGGUGCGUUGGCUAUAUCCUGAUAUGUGUGUAAAAGGCAAUUAGUUUGUGAAUAGAUCUGAUGGGUUGUACCAAA